AUGGAAGCAUUUUUUACAUUGGUAAUAUUGAUCACUAUUAAUUAUGCAUAUUCAGCGACGCUCCCAUCGGAGUCCAGCAGUGGCAAUUCAUCAUUAAAUGGUACAAUUGUUGUAGCAAUUGUCGUAUCUACAUUUGUUGGUGCCGUGGUUUUCAUUUGGAUGUAUGCCUAUUGUGUCAAAAAAUGUAGUAAAAACAGAAGAAUGAAUGUUUAUCCUUUAUCCACAAAAAUUGCUCUAGCUGAACAAAAUGAAAUCCAUGCACCCCCAUCUUAUAAUGAAGUACCACCUUAUGUUCAACCACCACCAUAUGAACCUCCACCACCGUAUGCUAUGUCAAGUAGUACAUCAAUGGAAGCAACUAACAAUGUAGUUAAUUCUUGA